AUGAAUAAUCCUUGGAGCUAUUCUCCUCAGCUCAGCUUAUCCAACGUGGCUCAGAACCUUGAUGAUAGCUAUCAGCGGAUCCAGAUUUCAAGCAUUCAAAAAUAUUUAAAAACUCCAAUGGACUCGGUUAACAAGACAUUUGAAAAGACUACAGGGACAUACACUUCUAAUGAGCCUGAAUCAGCUCCUUUCUCAAUCGCAGCAACCACUAACCAUAAAAAGCAAAAAUUGAUUUCAGUACGGCUAAAAUCAGGUAAAGCCUCAAAAAGACUCAAAUAAAUCUCUUAACAUCAAAAGUAUCAACAUUGAUACUUCAUUCAAAGCUGAUAAAAAGAAGAGACCUUCCACUCAGCCAAGAGCUGGUCGUAAAAGAUCAAGACCCUCUCCAAAUUCAAAAGCCAUGAUGCCUUAUACCCCUAUCAUUGAUGAUAAAUCAGUAAAUGGUCAGUGCAAAUAAUAUUCCUGAGGAAGACUCUAGCAUACUCAACCCAACCUCUGGAAUGAGGAGCCCCUUUGAAAACGACGCAAAGCUAAGCUCAGUCUUAGUCAAAUCAGAGCACCUGGCUCAGGUCACUUUUCCUCAAAAUAAAAUAAGGAACAUUCAAUUCAACACAAACGAAAUUGAAGUUGACAAUGGAGAUCAAAUAAUUCCCUCUGAGGAUCAAGAUUAUAAUGAUGAACUUUCAGAAAAUUUUGAAUUCAAAAAUGAAUUAGAAAUACUCCAAAAGGAACCCAGAUUAGCCCUUUACCAGAAAAGCAAAGGAAAAGUGAUCAAGAACACGACUAAGGAAUAUGCUAUGAGCCAAAAGAGACUCAGCCAAGAGCUACCUUCUCCUAGCCAAGAAGAGGGGAUUUUUAAAAUAUUUAAGGAUGACAUCUUUCAGCAAAAUGAAAGACCCCCCAGAUCUUUCAGAAACAUAGAGAUUUUAAACACCUUUGGAACAAAGAAUACUAAGUCUGAUCAGGAUGAACAUCUUCAAGAUCUGCAGACAAUUCAUAAGAGGAGAAAUAGAAAGUACACAGGAAAUCUCCAAAUAUCAAGAUCUGCCAAAAAGAGAUUGGUUAACAAAAAUAGCACCGCUAACAGCGCAGAUAGGCUAAAUGAUGUAUUAAAUGUGAAUAAAUUGGUAGUCAACGACUACAAAAACCCUAAAUUUGCCCAAAAGAAAGACAGUAUCACUCAAAUAGCUCAACGUGAGGUAGAUCCUCCCUCGAACUUGGUCUUGCUCAGCAAUGCUUUACAAAUAGUUGAAAAUAGUAGUUCUUCAAGAAAAGAUGAACACUCAAAUGAGAAGCUGUGUGAGCCUUCUGGAUAUUCUUCAGCUCAUCUGAACAAACAGAAUCGGUAUAAAAGUGCCUUAAAAUAAGUCAAAUCUUUCAACGAUCAAAGACCCUGGCAGUUCAUGAAUGGACACUACUCCAAAGGACAAAUAAACUAGAUGAGCUCAAAAGGAUUGUAAACCAUUCUCGCCAAAGUGUGAAUGCCAAAAAGAUGAAACAAAAGUCAAAUUUACAAAUCUGCUUUCAUCGGAAGAAGCUCUCUGUCACUCCAAAUCCUGAAAUUGCUAUGCCAAAUGACACCUUUGAUGAGGAAGAAAAAGAUGAAGUUCAUAAAACUGCAAACAAAAUGAAAAUGGUAGUUAAAAAGAUCAAAAAGAAGCAUUCUGAGCCUAAUCAGCCUCCUAGAACUAACAGCAUCAAUGAUUUUCAAAAGAUACAAAAUUUUACGAAUAACUUUGAGCAAGAUUUAUUUGAUUAUGAAAAGUGCAUAAACAGUAAUAAUGGUACUAGAAGAGUCCAAACUGCAAAACAAAACAGAAUUCAGUUUCCCUCAAUUGGUGAGGAAGGGUUCCGCACUUUCUAUAACCCGAUCCUCGAGACUAAGAUGGCAACUUUCAAUGAAAAUUUAUACCUUACCAAGAAAAGCUUCUACGAACGAUUUUUUGAAAGAGAAGAGCCUAAAGAUGGUAUUAAAAUUGUUGGCCAGAACAUCAAAAAGUAUAUUGAGAACUUUGAACGUAUAACAACUGAAAAACAGAGAGAACAUCAGAUUGAGGAUACCUCUAUUGAGAAGUUCAAAAAGAUUGACCUUAAGAUUGAAAAUAAUAACCUCAAUAACAGUAAUGACACAUAUUCAGCAAUUAUCGUUGAGUCUGACAAAAGAACUCGUGAUGGGGCCUGAAGAACCAAGAAUGCUGACUCUUUUGAAAAGGAAAGAAGUCAAUCUCCAAAUAUCAGGGAAAAUAACAGCAACGCUCUUGAUGACUCUUACAGGCAAAAUAGAGACAUCGAUCAUAAAUCAUCCAAAAUUCUUAUUGCAAACGUAAAAAAGCUGUAUAGGAUUAGAGGUGGAAGUGCUAAUUCUCGUGAAUCCGAUCUAAAAAUGAAGACCAAAGACUCCAACGAAUACUCCUACGGGAAUGAAAUUGGUAAAAUGGAGCCCAAAAUAGAUAAUAGUGAGAAAAGUAGCGAGCUUAGUCCAAAUGCUAUUAAAGAGAAGGAAGAUGAUUAUGACAGAAGCUCAUGUAUCAGCAAAUAAACAUAACAGCAUGUCUAAGAAUGAAUCAAUUAUCUCUAAUUGCAGAUCUAAAGGCAAAAUAUUAUUCUCAAAAACUAGAGAAAAGCACAAAGUGAGCCUGAGCAAAUACAAUGACAUUAGGUUAAACCAUCUUAAUUUGAUCAGAAGGGGAGAUUCUCAGAAAAGAAAAAUAAUCUCUCAUCCAAAAUCCAUAGAAAAAGACACAGUUAACUUAGUUAUUAGGCCAAAGAUGGCUCAUAAUAAUUACGAAGUCACUAAUAAUAGACACUUUAACAAAGUUUUUGGCAACAGAGUCAUUCAGUCUAGAGAAAGAACCCAUCCUCACAGAAGUUAUGUCGCUAAGAGUAAGCGUCUCAAAAGUGCGAAAGUUGGAGGACGGAAUAGAAAAGAGAAAAUAGCUAAUUCUCUGAUCAUCAAAUCUAUCAAAGUUGGAUCUACAAAGAACACUACUAGAAGAAGUUUAAUGAAAAAUCUCAAAGAGACUCCCAAAAAUACGGAUAUCUCUUAUCCUGGCUUAGAGGGCUCGGUGACAAUGAGUAACCCCCAUAGAAAGUACAUUGAGCUAAACAAUACUAGCAAAGCAGUCAUCGAGGAUAGCUAUUCCUACAGAAAGCUUAAUUUCUUAAAAUACUUAAAAAUAUAG